UUGAAGGACCUGUGUGAAGUUUUCACCAGUGUGUUUGUGUUCUCUAGAGGUUUGUAUGGCUUGCAAUCUUGCUGAUUCAUGGCUUGCGUUAGGCUUCACAAGGACCACGCUCAGGCAGGACUAGUGAACAGCUUGGACCCCAGGAGCAUCACCUACGGUUCUCCCCUAUCAGAGGGGAACAAGAGGGAACAUGUCAGCUGCCCCGAUGAAUACUGUGGCUCCUCUUUCUGGAAUGCCUCGUACCUGGACCGGGCCGACCCGGACCUGCCUGUGUGUGUGGAGCAGACGGUUCUGGUGUGGGUACAGCUGGGCUUCCUGUGGCUCAGUAGUCCCUGGCACCUGGCAGCACUCUUCAGAGGCACAGCCCCCAAGAGACACCUCUCCAGGCUGUAUGUCAGCAAACAGGUAACUGGCCUCUGUUUUCGGACUCCCACUUCUCUUCUAUUGUGUGUGUGA